AUGCGCUUUCCAUCACUCGUCUUCUGCGCAGCCGCUGCUUGUCAAGCUGUUGCAGCUGCCGUCCCAGAACAACUCUUUCUCGGAGAGACUUUUACGCCCAAGGAGUUGGAGUUCUUUGACGGACUCGCAACCCGAACGACACAUGGCAAACCAGACCCGUUAAACUACCACCCAAGUGUUAAAUUGGUCAACGAGCUGUACAUGUCGACAUCCACGGUGAAAGAAGUCGCCGUCAGACAUGUGCAAAAAGCGAAAUGCCCCAACAAGUUCGUCUACGCGAUAAACACAAAGGGGAUAGAAGGGUCUUUUCUAGAGGGUUCUGCCUUGUACGCAAAGCAACAAAAAGAGAAACCGAAUCCCUCGGAGGGCGAGUGGUUGGCGACUGCAAGGAUCCCAAAGAAGAAUAUUCGAGGUUGUAAAUAG